UUUGCGAUUGAAACAGCAACAGACAGACGUGCGGCGGUGCCCCAUACACUAAUAAACCGCUGCGAUAAAAAACAAGAGCUGACUUGGAAUUAACCCGAGCUAAAAGCGGGGAAAAAAGCCGAAACCAGGCCCGGUUCGUGGCGCUGGGGCCCUAUCCACUUGCUGGGAUGGUUGUCCAGGGUGGGCUGUAGAUUCCUGCGGCGGGACUGAAGAGGAUGGACGCAGUGUCCCAGUGCCUGAGGAGAUGUCUCUGGGUCGGCUCCUUCGGCGUGCCUCCUCCAAGGCCUCCGACCUCCUGACCUUAAACUCCGGGGCAGGGGGCUCAUCGUUGCGCUCUGGGUUGGAUGGCGAGAUCAUCUUCUCAAAGAAUAAUGUUUGCGUGCACCCUGCGGAGCCCCUCCCUGGCCUGGCCGAGCACCACCCAGGCUACCUGUGCGUGCACGUGGAAAAAGAUGAGUGCCUGGGCUCCACGCUGUUUCUGACGUGGGUGCCAAAUUCCCGCAUCCAGAGGCAGGAUGAGGAGGCGCUGAGAUACAUCACUCCUGAGAGCUCACCUGUACGCAGGAACGCCCGCCGAAGAGGCAGAAGACCGCGUUCACGUCCUCCGGUAGCAGCUCCAGAGGAAGAGGAGGAGGAGGAGAGGAACAUUAACAACAGCACCUCCACCCAGAGCUUGGUGGGUGAGAAGGGCUCGGACCCCUCCUCUAACCAGCAGCAGCUGCUGCUUUUAACCGGGGAGGAGGGCGAUGAGGGAUCCUAUGAGCUGUCGGACGAAGUGAGCCGGGACAGCACCAUGGGCUCAGACUCGGACACCUUCUCCUCCCCGUUCUGCCUGUCACCCGUCAGCGAGGCUCUGUGUGAGAGCAGCGGCUCCGUCUUCCUGGACACUGAAAGCAGAGAGCUGUGCGAGGAGUCCAUGAACCACUCUGUGAGCUCUGCAUCCAGUCUGGACAGCCACGCCCCCUCUGAAGGCGGCUGUCCGUCGCAGGCCAUGCGAUGGGAGGAGCAACAGAAGCUGCUGGCUCUGGAGCAGCUGUGUGGAGUCUUCAGGGUGGACCUGGGUCACAUGAGGUCGCUGAGACUCUUCUUCAGUGAUGAUGCAUGCACUAGUGGCCAGCUUGUGAUAGCUAGCAGGGAGAGCCAGUAUAAGAUACUUCACUUUCAUCAUGCUGGUCUGGACAAGCUGGCUGAGGUCUUCCAGCAGUGGAAGUGCUGCAGGGAAACCCAACCUAAAGACCAGGUGUCAGACGAAAAGUCCUGUAUGCAGUUUUCCAUCCAGAGGCCGACCCUGCCAUCAACCGAGACCCACCCGGAGGAGAGGCUUUACCGGAGGGUGGACGUCACCACCUGGCUGCGUCACCUCAACCACAGCGGGCAGGUGGAGGAGGAGUACAAGCUGCGGAAGGCCAUCUUCUUUGGCGGCAUCGACCCAUCCAUCCGAGGCGAGGUGUGGCCCUUCCUGCUGCACUACUACAGCUACGACUCCACCUCGCAGGAGAGGGAGGCCUGGAGGCUGCAGAAACGAGCUCACUAUCAUGACAUCCAGCAGAGCAGAUUAUCCAUGAGUCCGGAGGAGCACAGCGAGUUCUGGAGGAAGGUCCAGUUCACGGUGGAUAAAGACGUGGUCAGAACGGACCGCAGCAACCAAUUCUUCAGAGGAGAGAAUAACCCAAACGUGGAGAUCAUGAGGCGGAUUCUGCUCAACUAUGCGGUGUUUAAUCCCGACAUGGGUUACUGCCAGGGCAUGUCCGACCUGGUGGCCCCCCUGCUCACCGAGAUCCAGGACGAAAGCGACACGUUUUGGUGCUUUGUCGGCCUCAUGGAAAACACCAUCUUCAUCAGCUCCCCGCGAGACGAAGACAUGGAGAGGCAGCUGAUGUACCUGCGGGAGCUGCUGCGCCUCAUGCUGCUGCGCUUCCACCAGCACCUGACCCGACUCGGAGAGGACGGCCUGCAGCUGCUUUUCUGCCACCGCUGGAUCCUGCUCUGCUUCAAGAGAGAGUUCCCUGACACAGAAGCGCUGCGCAUGUGGGAGGCCUGCUGGGCACACUACCAGACAGACUACUUCCACCUUUUCCUGUGCGUGGCCAUCAUUGUCCUGUAUGGGGAGGACGUGACGGAGCAGCAGCUUGCCACCGACCAAAUGCUGCUGCACUUCAGUAAUCUCUCCAUGCACAUGAAUGGAGAGCUGGUGCUACGCAAGGCCCGCAGCCUUCUCUACCAGUUCCGCCUUCUUCCCAGGAUCCCCUGCAGUCUGCAUGACCUUUGCAAGCUUUGUGGCCCAGGGAUGUGGGAUAGCCGCUACAUCCCCACCGUGGAGUGUUCAGGGGAACACCCGGAUUUACAGAGCUGCCCCUAUGGAGGCACCUCCACCCCACAGCCCUCCUCACCCUCCCCGUCGUCCUCUCCGAACCACACCCCCACACCCCUGCUGGACGGCAAGAGAGGCUGCAAAAAACGGGACAUUUUCACCUUCCGGAAACAGUCCUGAGUGGAGGUUAGCUUCUGCAAUUACUUUAUUAUAAAUUUCACUAAUAUGUUUUUCUUUUAUUUUGGUAGUUGAACUUUUCAUUCGGUGCACCGUUGAACACUGCCUUACCACAGUGUUGCUGUUGACGUUCAGCAUCGCAUGAAUCCGCGAUGGGGGCGGCCUGCAGUCAGACAAAUCGGAGGUCAAGAGGCUGCUUUCUCCUCUGAGCAGAACAGACAAUCACCAGGCGCUGUGUCGGUCUGGAGCUACUUCAGGUUUACGUCUGCUGCUGGUUUGGCAUUCUUCCACAGGACUUGUGGGCACCGGGGAGGUCACAGCAGGGUCUCAGGCAACUGGCCUCUCAGACUCUAAAGGGUCAAAAAGCGAACUGGGGAGUCUUUCACAGAACUGGAACUUUGACUUUUAAAAAUUUUCUUGGGUUCUCACAAUGGAAUAAUUGUGUGAAUGUCAAAUAUUAUGUGCAUAUUUAAAGUCUGAGAGUCUUUUUGACAUGAAAACUCUUUGUGUUAAAGAAGUAGUAUGAAUAACAUUUCUCUGUUUUAUUUUCCAAAAAAAUGAAUGUUAUCGUUAUAAAUAUUUAGCAAUAUUAUCUUUGCAUGACAAAUUCUUUACAUAUAAAGGUCACAACAAAUUUGUUGUGUGGGGGAAAAAAAUCCAAAACAGAGGCGAGUGUGUGUUUAUGUGACAAACACUAGCAUCAUGACGGGCUCCUCUUACGUUCCCAUCCUAGAAGUUCUCUUUCUUGGGCCGAAAGAGUUUUAACAUUUGCACAAUAGCAUCAUUAAUUGUAAAACAUCUGUGGGUAAAGUACUGAAUUUAUUUAUUAGCAGUUUCCCUAAAGAUAAAGUGCUUUACAGAAGAAACUUUUCAAAUUUUAUCAAGGUGCAGCAACAAACUUGAGUGUGUUUUUAUUAGGAUAUUGUGUGGUAUAUCAAAACAAAGUGGUGUGUAGAGGCAGUAAAAUAAUACAUCAGUUUUAGUUUUGCAGAACCAUCUUUACAGCUGCAAGUCUCUUUAGGUAUGUCUUUACCAGCUUUCCACCUCUGAGCCUGAGAGUUGCUCUGGUUGAAUGUUUAGUGGAAGCUGUCUUGCUGGAAGGUGAAUCUCCACUGCAAUCCCCACUAUUUUGCAGCUUCUAACAUGUUUUCUACCAGGACUUCCAUUUAUUUACCCCCAUGCUUCCUUCCAUCAACUCUGACUACCUUCGCCAUCCCCGUGUGUUCAGGGUGAUAUGCAGUAUUAGUUUUAUGCCACACAAAUAAAUUUUAAUGUGGUCCAAAAAGCUUAAUUUUGGUCUCAUCAGACCCAAACCCCUCCUUCCACAUGUUUGCUGUGUCUCCUACAUACUCCACCUACAUGCUACAUGCUGUCCCAACAAGACGUCGUCUGGCAUCCUUAUACUGAUUUUACCACCAGAGCUGUGGACCACUGCAGCUCCUCCAGAGUUACCAUGGUCCUCUUGGCUGCUUCUAUGAUUAAUACUCUCUUUGCCUGGUCUGUCAAUUGAAAUCAAUGGUCUUCGUAGGUUCCCUUUUUCAGAUGGAUUGAACUGUGCUCAGUGAGAUGUUCAAAGCUUGGCAUAAUGUUUUCUGCUUUAAACUUCUCCUUGACCUGUCUGCUGGGCUCCUUGAUCUUCAUGAUGCUGUGUGUUCACUGUUUUUCUCUAACAAACCUCUAAGGCCUUCAGAGAACAGUUGGAUUUAUUCUAGGUUUAAAUUAUUCAGAGGGGAAUUCUGAUGGCAACUGGUUGCCCCGGAUUUACUCUGACUAGUGUCAGAGUAAAUGGACUGAAUGCUUAUGCACACUACACUUGUCAGAUUUUUAUUAGUAGAACAUUUUUAAAAUAUUUUCCUUCCACUGCACAGGUAUGCACUACGUUAUGUUGGUCUGUCAUAUAAAAUCCCAAUAAAAUAUGUUGGUGUUUGUGGAUGGAGAGUAGAUCAGAGUAUUUUCGGAUCUGUUUUGCUUGAAAUUUCAUCCUUGGUGUUAAACCAGUUUCGAGCAGAUUUCUGUAGCUUUUUCUGUUUACACUUCCAGGCCAAGUGAAUGAAAAUGCAUCCAAAACUCAUGAUGAGUCCACAUGAAUGUAGCUGUUCACAUUUUCAACACAAUGAAAAUCUUGGAUAUGUGUGUCAUUGUAAACUGGAGUGAUUAUUGCUGCUCUCCAUUAUUAUUGCAAUCAUUUUCUGAAAAUAUAUUGAGGAAAGUGGAGCAGUGAGCUUGUCGUUUAGGCUUCAUCUGGGGAGAAGCUAUGAGUUAAUGUUGCCUCAGGUGUGAAGAUGAUUUUCCCUCGAGGAGCUUUUGAUUGACAUCCGGAGGAUCGUAACAUCUGCAAAACGCUGCUAUAAUGUACCACAGAUUCUUGCAAUCAGCCUUCCAGCAACAUUGCACAUGACUACUACCUGCUAUUUCCUGUUGGUUAUCAUGAAGUGCUUUAAAUGACAUGGAGGUGUUGAAAAUAUAAAAAAAAAAGACAUAAACAUGAUGGCAAAUGUUAAGAGUGUGUGAUCUCAUGGAUUUAUUAACAUUUAAAUCACAUUGUUUGCACAAAAGCCAUCAAUCACGGUCGUUAUUGCUGCAUUGCCCCUUCGGAAAGGGGUCGUUAUUAUGAGUUGUGGUCAUGAAUGUAAAAUGUUUUCUAUAUGUUGAUGUAUUACUGCACACCUAACAGGAGAGUAAAAGCCUAUUCUUAUUACUGGUGUUAAUAAAAAUAACACCCAUAGACUACAGUGGUGGUUUCAUGCCUCAACAUGGGACUAGUUUUGGUUCUUCACAACGUAAUUAUGUAUGUACUGCAUCCUCCAUACAUAUUUCAUCUUUUAUUGCUGCAUAUUAAAAAGGUUUUUUUAUUUCAUUUAAAAUCCCAUCAGUAAAUACGUUUUAAGUAGAUUAUUUGUGCUAUAGUUUUGUUUUAUAAUAAUUGCUAGCAAAGGGAGUACCCAUUUGCUAGCAGUCACAAAAUAAAAAUUAAUUUUAACCUUU